UCUCCCUUUUCCCUGUUCUUGCGAACUCUUCCCUUUCUUCGUGUGUCAGCUGAAUCCUCAAGUUUACGCGCCUUCAAAGACGCUUGAUCCUGUUCCUUCCAGCUUAUCUCUAUCAAUCGUCCCUCCCCUCAAUCUUCUUCGCCUGGCUGCUUCGAGGAAUUGGUAAGGCUAUAAGCAUAUUGUCCACAAUCAUGAUAGGGAGUUGAUUGAGAUUGCUGCACAUAGACCCGGUCCUUAGAAAAUCAUUCGGCAUUGCGCCUUCGAGCGCGAAAGGAAAUAUUUAAAUUAUCCAGUUGACCUCUGCUGUGGAGGAGAGAUGAGCAUGAGGUUGGUAGAAAAAUGUGUUAAGCUGUCAACUCACAAGAACUUUCUGGCUUGCAAUAAAAUUGGUUAUCGCCCUAGAGCUCUGCAUAAUGGUCCAGACACCAUUGAUGAACUCUUAGACAGACAUGUGGUAAAGAAAGAAAAGUCCUUUGACGACGAUGAAGAAGAAUUGAUAACUCAGCGACGCCUCACCAGCACUCGACGUGAGGCUCUAAGUCUCUACAGGGACAUUCUCCGUGCAACUCGAUUCUUUAUGUGGCCAGAUUCUCGAGGUGUCUUGUGGCGAGAUGUUCUCAGGCAGAAUGCACGGAAGGAGUUUGAGGACGCCCGCUUUGAGACUGAUCCAGAAAUUGUGACCAGACUUCUCAUUGGUGGGCGUGAUGCAGUGCAGUCGGCUCUUGACAAGCUUGCUGAGAAGCAGAGGCAGGAGAUUGAUAAGAAACAAAGUGGUCGAGAUCGACCCUGAUAUCUUAUAUGUUGAAUGUAUUAAGAUUGCUGCACUUCUCACCCUUUUUUUUAAUUUGGAAAACAUUAGAAUUCUUCUUUACAAGUUCACUACGCCCAGAGAGGGAAGCAAAUUUUCUUA